AGGAGGGAAAAAACACACUUCCUCACAGCGCACGUCCCUGCUGCUGCUGCUGCUGCUGGGGCCAGAUGAAAGCCUCACAGUAUUCUUCAAACAUGCGACAUCAGCUGCUAUCCAACAGAUUUUCGGUAUCGUAAUCGUUCCCCUCCAAAAAACAAAAACGGAUAUGCUUCUUCCGGGAGGGAAGAAAGCAGAGACACAGAGGAGCACAUCAUGAGAGAGGCGCCGCGGAUUCUCAGGAUAUACGGACUGAACCGGAUAGACUGCUUUCCCCACAUUCUAUUCACAGGUCGGGAAGCAGGCACACGUGUUAAAGUUGAUGGCAAGGAGAAGAGUGAUGGUCACACUUUCAGUCCACGCAUUAGCUGAACAUCUUCUCACCGCGACUUCCUAUCAGACAGGUUGUGGUUGAGGUGAAGGUACAGCUGUAGCUGGAAGAAGUAAACACCUUAACGCAGAAGCUCUGGAGAUGUCGGUCCACCAUGGCACGCUGCUUUGUCUGGGCGUGCUGAUGAUGACUGCUGGAGCGGUCAUGGCCCUUGGUGGAGGGAUCCAGCCGCCAGGCCUGCUCUUUGGACUUGGGCUGUUCCUGGGAUUGGGGGGCAUAGGUCUGCUGGUCAGUGGACUCUGCAUGGCCAUGAAGAAUCUUCAGAUUGCGGUGCCUGGACACUUUCUGCUGCACCCACGGACAGGCACACGCUUCAGCCCACAGCAGGCUCUGGCAAUACAAAGGAGAUUGGACAGAAUACGUCGCGAGAUGUCGGCGGACGCUGUCAACAGGUCACCAGAGCCUGAACCCACCAUGCCGUCCACCCCUCCGCCGUGGACCAUGGAGCCGCCUCCAUCCUACGACGCAGUGAUGAAAAGCCAGGAGCGCAAUGAACAGCUUUAAGCUCAGGUGGACAUGCUAAAUUCAUGUCAGUGCC